UUUUUGAGUUAAUAAGUUGAAUCUGCAACAAUGUCAGUCAAGUCAAUAUUGAAGUACAUUGAAGUUGAAAAUUUCAAAUCGUACCGAGGGUUUUAUACAAUUGGUCCCUUGAAAUCAUUCACCGCGGUUAUCGGCCCCAAUGGAUCAGGUAAAUCAAACUUCAUGGAUGCCAUCUCCUUUGUGAUGGGGGAGCGAACAUCCAGCCUGCGAGUGAAAAGACUGAGUGAUCUCAUCCAUGGAGCAUCCAUAGGCCAGCCUAUCAGCCGCUCUGCUCAAGUUACGGCCGUUUUUGAGUUGGAAGGUUUUGGAGAAAAGAGAUUUACAAGAACAGUUCAAGGAUCUUCAUCAGAUCACAAAAUUGAUAACAGGAUUGUCAACAGCCAACAGUACAUGAAGGAACUCGAGCAGCUUGGCAUCAAUGUCAAGGGCAAAAAUUUCCUGGUGUUUCAGGGGGCUGUUGAAUCAAUUGCUAUGAAGAAUCCUAAGGAAAGAACUCUUUUAUUUGAGGAGCUCAGCGGAUCUGGUGCUCUGAAGGAAGAAUAUGACCGCCUGAAGGAGGAGAUGCUCAAGGCUGAGGAAGAAACUCAGUGCACUUACCAGAAGAAGAAAGGUGUUGCUGCUGAGCGCAAGGAAGCUAAGAUGGAGAGAGAGGAGGCUGAUCGAUAUCAGAGACUCAAGGAUGAAUUGGUUGAGAAGCAGAUUGAGCUUCAACUCUUUCGCCUGUACCACAAUGAGAGAGACAUGGCUGAAUACGAGAAAGAAAUCAAACGUAAACAAGCAGAUCUUGAGAAGAUUGAGAAGCGCAAGGAGAAGGCUGAAGAAGUUCUGAAAGACAAAAAGAAAGAAUUCACUCGUGUUAGCAAAGAGAUGAGUAAACUCGAACAAGAAAUCAGAGAAAUGGACAGUGAAGUGAACAAGAAGCGGCCAACGUUCAUCAAGGCCAAGGAGCGCGUGACGCACAUGCAGAAGAAGGUAGACACGGCGCGCAAGAGUCUGGCUCAGGCCAUCAAGGCCUACAACGCUCACAUGGACGAUAUUCGUGAGCUGGAGAACGAGCUGCAGGAGGUCGAGAAGAAGAAGGCUGAGUUUGAAGACCAAGUCACUGCUGACUCCAUGAGCCAAGGUCGCAGUGUUCAGCUGGACGACGCGCACGUGAAGGAAUAUCACCGCCUGAAGAACGUGGCUGCGCGCAAGUCUGCCCAGUAUAUGCAGGAGGUCGACUCUAUCAACAGAGAGCAGAAGUCUGACCAGGACAGGCUGGACAACGCUCACAGGAGAACCAGUGAAAUUGAGAACAAACUGCGGUCCAAAGGCCAUGAACUUGAGGAAGCACAGAAACGAGAAGAAAAGCUUGAAGAGCACAUCAAGCAGAGCGAGGCGAGCCUUGAGGAGCAAAAGCGACUUCGACAGGAGCUGCAAGGAGACGUCGGCAGCUCCAAGGAGCGGAUCAGCAAGCUGCACGAGAAGCUGGACAGCAUCGUGGAGCAGCUGGGCGACGCUCGUGUGGACAAACACGAGGACAGCCGCCGCAAGAAGAGACAGGAGAUCGUCGAGAACUUCAAGCAGCUCUACUCGGGGGUGUACGACCGCAUGAUCAACAUGUGUCAGCCCAUACAUAAGAGGUACAACGUUGCUAUCACUAAAGUGCUCGGCAAGUACAUGGAAGCUAUCGUAGUGGACACGGAGAAGACAGCUCGCCAGUGCGUGCAGUACCUCAAGGAUCAGAUGCUGGACCCUGAGACGUUCCUGCCUCUUGAUUACAUCCAAGCCAAGCCACUGAAGGAGCGUCUCAGGAACAUCAGUGAGCCCAGGAACGUCAAGCUUCUCUAUGACGUCCUCCAGUACGACCCGCCGGAGAUCAAGCGAGCUGUACUCUUUGCCACCAACAACGCCCUGGUCUGUGAGACGCCCGACGACGCUUCAAAAGUUGCUUAUGAGAUGGAAGAGGGCCACAGAUAUGAUGCAGUGGCACUGGAUGGCACCUUCUUCUUCAAGUCUGGCAUCAUCUCUGGUGGCAGUUUAGAUCUCGCGAGGAAGGCCAAGCGUUGGGACGAGAAGCAUCUUUCCAACCUCAAGCAGGAGAAAGAAAAACUCUCUGAGGAGUUACGUGAAGCAAUGAAAAAUUCACGUAAGGAGAGCGAACUUAAUACCGUCGAGUCUCAAAUUCGUGGUAUCGAAACCAGACUAAAAUAUGCCAAAUCGGACAAGGAACAAACAGAGAAGCAGAUAAUUGCCUUUCAGCGAGAGGUAGACCGUCUCAAGGCAGAGCUAGAGACUUUCCAGCCGCAACUCAACGAGAUAGAAAAGAUCAUGGCCGAGCGAGAGACAACCAUCAGUGAUAAGAAGGAGAAAAUGAACUCGGUAGAAGACGUAGUUUUCGCUGAAUUUUGUAAGACGAUCGGAGUAGACGACAUUCGGCAGUAUGAAGACCAAGAGCUCCGCGCUCAAACUGAGCGCGCCAACAAACGCUUGGAGUUUGAAAAGCAACGCAACAGAGUCCUGAACCAACUGGAGUUUGAACGCAGCCGUGACACGCAAAGCAACGUGGCUAAAUGGGAACGAGCUGUUCAAGACGAUGAAGAUUCUUUGGAACAGGCAAAGCAGGCUGAGCAGAAACAGAUGUCAGAAAUAGAUAAAGCCAUGCGCGAUCUCGACAAAAAAAGAUCUGAAAAACUCGCCAAGAAGAGCGAGUGUGACGAGAUGGAUGACGAGAUCGGCAAAGCUAGGCGUGAAGUGGGUGUUAUUACCAAGGAUAUUCAAGCUGUCCAUAAACAAAUAAAUGCCAUUGAACAUAAGAUGAAUCAGAAGAAAGCUGACAGACACUCGAUCUUGAAGCAGUGUAAGAUGGAAGACACGCUGCUGCCCAUGACACGCGGCCAAAUGGACGAUAUCGAGAACGAAGGACACGAUGGCUCCUCUCUCGACUACUCGUCCGGCAUGAACACUCAGAUUAUGUACGAGAAAGAAGCCCGCAUUCAGCUGGACUACUCACAACUGUCGGACGCCCACAAGGAGCUUGAAGAUGCUGAGGACGUACGCAAGCAAGACAGCAAGCUGAGCAAACACAUCACUGAUCUCUUCAAUACCGUCCAUAAGAUUCAGGCUCCCAAUAUGAAAGCAAUGCAGAAGCUCGAGUUUGCCAGAGAAAAGCUGAAAGAAACCAACACUGAGUUCGAUAACGCACGCAAACGAGCUAAAAAAGCUAAGCAGGCCUUCGAGAAGAUCAAGAAGAGUCGAUAUGAUAAAUUCUCGGCCUUCUUCGAGCAUGUGUCCAACGAGAUAGAUGGAAUAUAUAAGGCACUAGCCAAGAACCCGUCAGCCCAGGCGUUCCUGGGCCCCGAGAACCCCGAGGAGCCAUAUUUGGACGGCAUAAACUACAACUGCGUGGCCCCAGGCAAACGGUUCCAGCCCAUGAGUAAUCUCAGUGGUGGCGAGAAGACCAUCGCUGCUCUGGCUCUUCUUUUUGCAGUGCACAGUUACCAACCGGCGCCGUUCUUCGUCUUGGACGAGAUCGACGCUGCGCUGGACAACACCAACAUCGGCAAGGUGGCGUCGUACAUCGUGCACAAGAAGAAGGGACUUCAGACCAUCGUCAUCUCCCUCAAGGAGGAGUUCUAUCAGAACGCUGAUGCCCUCGUCGGCAUCUGUCCUGACGCCGGGGAAUGUUUAAUCAGCAGGGUUAUCGCCAUCGAUCUCAGCGAGCGGCCCAUCGAGCGAACAGAACCUGAGGAAGCCUUCGCCAGGUUCCAGCGCUGAUAGAUAGUUGCUGUGUCAUCACUUCACUGCUGUGACAUCACUUCACUGCUGUGUCAUCACUUCACUGCUGUGACAUCACUUCACUGCUGUGACAUCACUUCACUGCUGUGACAUCACUUCACUGCUGUGUCAUCACUUCACUGCUGUGACAUCACUUCACUGCUGUGACAUCACUUCACUGCUGUGACAUCACUUCACUGCUGUGACAUCACUUCACUGCUGUGUCAUCACUUCACUGCUGUGGCAUCACUUCACUGCUGUGGCAUCACUUCUCUGCUGUGGCAUCACUUCACUGGCAUUAUGAAGGACCUGUUUGCUACGCGAGCUGUAUUUGGACGUAGCUUUCUUAUAUUGUUUGUAGUUUCGUCGUAGUCUUGGUAGUUGUGACUUUUUGCUAAAAAUAUUUUCAUAAUGCGUUGAAGGGAGUUUUUGCAAAUUUUUGUUUUGACAUGCCAUGAAUGUGGACUAUUUUCUUGAUGAGAUUUGUUUGAAUGACAGAAAACUAGCAGCUCUGAGAGAAGAAAAUGUACCUGCUUUUAUGUUAGCGAUAGAACCUGGUGAAAGUCUCGCUAUGUUUAUCUCUUAAGUUAUGGUUCUCUGCGGAGUGUAUAUUUGAAGCAUUUAAUGCAUUAAUAUUUAAGGUUGUCUAGUUCAAAUUUUUGUAAGUAUAGCGCUCUGUUUAUCUCUCCUGAAUAUUGCUCUCCUUUUCACGAACUUUUUGUAUAUGAAGCCUUGAACGAAUUUGGCCAUUUUUCAAACAAAAAAAAAUUGUCCGAAUUUUUGGCUUUAAAAUCUACCUAUUUUGAUACUUUGAUAUUUAUUUAUUCAGGUAAAAGCUGAUCAUUAACUAGGUGAUUUUUAACUGUAACUUUUUUCAAUAACUCUUGCUCAAAAUAAUACCGAGUUUAUACCCGAUGUUUAAUUAAUGAACUUGUCAGCAGGGAUAAAUUUCUUACCUCAUUGUAAUUCUGGAACUAUUGAGCUACAUAAAUUGAUAGUGAUUUCCCGUAUCACUUGGUUCAUUACUUCGGCUGAACAUUCGGUGUCAAAAUUAAUGAGGAAAGUGUUUUCAAAUACUGGCUCAUUUUGAUCACGAGGCUUUAAAUCUUGUAGUUACAAUGUAUUUAAGUUAUAAUAUUUAGUUUCAGAAUCUGAUGUUGAGUUUCAGGAUCUGAAUGAUGUUGACAACAAAUGUUGCCAACAUCAAAUUUCCGUUGAUGAACAAAUUUACGACAUGUGGCGCUAUACUUCUUCAUUUAUCUUUUAGUGAAUGGAAUCUUGAUGUUAUUUAGUGCAUGGAUUGCGGUAUAUUUAUGGAUUUUGUAGCUUGUCAGUAUAUACGUACGUUGACUUAGAUUUCUUCUUGUGCUUGGACUUCAAUAGUUGAUGAUUGAACAAUUUCAUGCAUUAUGCUGUCAUUUCUUUGCAAAUUUUUGGAAAAAGUUUCUUGCUAAUGACAGGCUUUCUGUCAUUUUAUGUACAUAGUUCAAUGACGCUGCAUGUGUGAAACAUCCAUUGGUUGAUGCGAAGGUACAUGUUUAUAAAUCAAUAUUACUACUUACUUUGAAG